AUGAGAGCGAAAUCACUGAGCGGAUUCACCCAGCGGCAUGUGAAAAAUGUUGGGAGGGAGAUCUCAAGAGAGCGAAGAGGUUUCGCGAACGCCACGUUGAUUCGACGAACUGAAAUUCCCUGCGGUGGACAGCAGAAGCCAGCGAAAAAGAAGGCUGAAUGCGCAGACAGUCCUGAAAGGAUCUUGAAUGCGUCAACAGUCCUCCAGCCCGACCGGUCAGACUGUUUGUUUCUGACAUUGGUCUUGCUGUGGGUCGGAAGCAAGCAAAUCUCCUUGACGGAGCUGAAGGCUUGUUCAUCCCGAAUCAUCAGCGACAAAGUUUACACGGCAAAGGACUUUGUGAAGGCUGAAAUUGAGCUGCUGGGGACGAUAAACUUUGAGAUUGACACAGGAAGGUCAUGCCCCUCAGUCCUGGAGGACCUGCUGAGAGAACUCAGGCGAGUUUCUCGAGUUGGUGACUUCAUCAAACUAAACCUCAGGGAGAUUACGAUAGUCAUCUUCCAAGGGCUUUGUGACAACCAAUGGUUCUGCAUCAACAAAAACAGUCACAACAAACACCAGUCAUUUGUGCAAUCAUGGGGACUCGAAAGGAGUGAUGCACACAUGAGGACUUACUCAUUGCGGCAUCUGAUGAGAAGGGGAACAUUGCGGCAUCAGGCUGCCCUCGAGACCGGAUAG